AUGGCUGGCCGAAAGUUUACCAAGAAAAGGAAGCCACUCCGAGCUUCGUCAGUACAGUAUCCAGCAAGAUUGAAGGAAGGAGAAGAUGCGCAAGAGGAUGUCACAGCUGCUAAAGGCGAGCCUGCUCAACAUAUGAACCAAUCCGUUUUCUCCAUGAUCGCUGCGGCUGGGUCCAAAGUUGACUUCAAUGCUCGUUUCGAAGAAGAAGAAAGCAGUGAUAGCAACGACGAAAACCAAGCGUCAGCCAUUUCAGGCGGUGUCGAUGAGCAGUCCAACCACCCUCGGACUCAGACACACUUGGACAAGCAGCAUGAGGACAACCUUUCGAGAGAAAAGUCCGGGAGGCCACAAGGAAAUUUUUCUGAGCACAAAGGCCUUCGUCCAUUACCAAAGCUAGAUCUACGGACGAUCAAAGAGAAAACUUACAUGUCCCAAAGUUUGCGGUUGCCAUCAAGUGAAGUGUUGAACCAGCACGAAAGUCCAGCAGGUGUCACCCCACGGGAUGCACCUGUGAUGAGCAUGAUGCUGGAAGCACAGGCCGAGCUAAUUACUUCCACCCAACUCCCGGGCAUCAAAAAUACCGGUGCAGAAGAAAGCCAUGAUGUAGUUGGCAAGGAGGCUCCUACCAGCCUGGUGACUCGGCUGAUGGAGAUAUUUGGCUUUGAGAGACCCGAAGAGGUGGUAUCAGAAUAUCCUUGCUGGCUUUUACAAAGUGUUCUACUCCAAGGGUAUAUGUAUAUCACCCAGAACCAUAUUUGUUUCUACUCAUACCUGCCCAAGAAAUCUAACGUGACCGCCAAGUCUGGGCAUCUCUUCAAAAGAGGCAAACAGAACCCAAAAUUCCACCGAUAUUGGUUUGUCUUGAAGGGAGAUGUUUUAUCAUACUAUACUGAUCAGUCGCGUCUCUACUUCCCAAGUGGCAAUAUCGACCUACGCUACGGCAUAUCUGCCUCAGAGAAAGGUAAAGAUUUCACCAUUGUCACGGACCAACGUGUGUACCAUUUCAGGGCAGAUAGUGCUACCAGCGCAAAGGAAUGGGUUAAGACGCUCCAGAAGGUUAUUUUUCGUUCUCACAAUGAUGGCGAUAGCGUCAAAAUAUCUCUGCCUGUUGAAAAUGUCAUUGAUGUCGAAGAAAGCCCGGUCAGUGGGCUCGCAGAGACCCUCAAGAUCCGCGUAGUAGACAGUGACGAAACGUACGCUGUUGAAGAGUACUUCUUCUCAUUCUUCGACUUCGGACACGACGCUUUUCAUGUCCUACACACCGUUGUGAACGACACAACUGCGCAAAAGAUUCCCCGAGACAUUCUGUCUCGUUCCCCAGUACAUGACGAUUUUCGUUCGCGCGAUAGCUCUCAGCUUCCUAAAAAGAAAAAAUCUUAUGAUCUGAAAGCGAGCAGUCCCUUGGACCCAGCAACACCCAUUUUGCCUGAUAGCGUUCGCGCGACGCUUGUCCCAUUCUCUCCAACAGAUAGUGGGCAAGUCAGUCCUCGCGUGAGUGGCGAUUGGGGAAGACGUAGCAUGGACUUAAGCCAGAAAAGCAUAGACGCGAGUCGAAAGAGCAUAGACUUUCCAGCCAGAUAUCCCAGUCGUACCAGCUUUGAACGAGGUAGAAGAAGUGCGAGCACUAGCAGAAACAGAUUGACAAAAAGGCACCCGGGAACUAAGGCACAACCCACCGCGCCACAAGGAUCCACUGAUUCCUUUGUUCACUCACUUGAGCAGGGUCCCAAGUCUUCUGCGCCCCACGUUUCGAGCGAGGAGACGCAAGCUUCAGGUAGCCAGAUUCUGAAUCGAAGUGAUGUCUUCCAAUCUCCAACCAUCCAGCGUCUCCACGGUUCUCCAACAUCAGAUCAAGACAGCAAAGGAAAACGGUCAGUGGACUCGGCACGCUCCAACUCCAUUGAUGCGCAUAUCAAAAAUUGUCCUCCAACCAGGACUUAUAAGGAGCAAAGCGGUGUAGAAAGCCCAAGAGGCGGUGAUCCAAAGAGCAAUCAACCUUUGCAGUCCAACUCUUCACCCACACUCCACCAACUUGUCAAGGUAGGUGCAUAUCCUUUGCAAAGAGCAGCGGGUUUUGCCGGCUAUCUUCGAUCUCGAUCAAAGAGAAUGAGUAAUUUACUGGCCACUGAGUCUAUAAGCUACGUGGAGAAGAUGUCCGGUAUCUGGGCCGGAGGCCGGAAACACUACAGUGAUGCAGAAGGCGUCUUAUCCGAUGAUCGACUUCAGGAUCUUGAUGAUGAGAACAAUCCCACGAAGUAUGGUGACCGCUUUAGGGAGCAUUUCGCACUACCAGCAUCCGAGAAGCUACAAGCAACUUACUUCGGGUAUUUACAGCGUGUGCUACCUCUCUAUGGCAAGAUAUAUGUCAGCAACAAGAACGUCUGCUACAGAAGUCUUCUCAAGGGUACCAGAACAACGAUGGUGCUGCCGCUUAAGGACAUCGAGACUGUGGACAAGGAGAAAGGCUUUAGGUUCGGCUACUCGGGGCUUGUCAUUGUCAUCCGUGCUCAUGAAGAGCUCUUCUUUGAAUUCUCUCGGCCCGAAGCCCGAGACGAUUGCGCAGUCACCAUCUUGGAGAGAUUGGGGUCGAUUGGUUUUUUGCAAGACUCCGGGUUGUUGACGCAAGAAGACAAGGGAGAAGCCGAGACAGCCAAAGCCGAGAAUAAGAUGCUACAAGAAGCGAGGCAAGCCGGCCAUAAGACCCACCAGCUCAAAUCUCCAGAGAGAAUGAAUUAUGUCGAGCAUGCGCAAGAAGCACCGCCGAUGUUUUUUGACGACCCUCAAGCAUCGAUCCUCAAUUUCAAGCCAACCGAAUCUCUUCGAAUCACAUGUCUUACCAUUGGAUCAAGAGGGGACGUCCAACCGUAUAUUGCCCUCUGCAAAAGGCUUUUGGAAGAGGGACAUAGACCAAAGAUUGCAACCCACGCAGAGUUCAAAGGUUGGGUCACGAAGCACGGAAUAGAAUUUGCGACUGUCGACGGUGAUCCGGCUGAGCUGAUGAGGAUUUGCGUGGAGAAUGGAAUGUUUACGUAUUCCUUCCUGAGAGAAGCUUCCGUUAAAUUCCGAGGCUGGAUCGACGAGCUUCUUACAUCAGCCUGGAAAGCUUGCCAAGAUACAGAUAUACUCAUUGAGAGCCCUAGCGCCAUGGCCGGCAUCCAUAUCGCAGAAGCUCUAGGUAUUCCCUACUUCCGAGCUUUCGCCAUGCCCUGGACACGCACCAGAGCUUACCCUCACGCUUUUGCCGUCCCCGACCACAAGAUGGGUGGCGCAUAUAACUAUCUCACCUAUGUCAUGUUCGACAACAUCUUUUGGAAGUCGACAGCUGGCCAAAUCAAUCGCUGGCGCAAGAAGGAACUUGGGCUUCGCAGCACCAGUCUCGAUAAACUGCAACCUAACAAAGUUCCCUUCCUCUACAACUUCAGUCCUUCCGUUGUUGUCCCCCCGCUCGACUUCAGCGAUUGGAUCCGAGUCACAGGAUAUUGGUUCCUCGACGAGGCUUCUGAUUGGUCGCCACCGCCCGCCCUCAUCGAAUUCAUCGCGAGAGCGCGGGCCCAUGAGAAGAAAUUAGUUUACAUCGGCUUUGGCUCCAUUGUCGUCUCCGAUCCCGCUGCUCUGACAAAGACUGUAGUGGAAUCUGUAUUGAAGGCAGAUGUUCGCUGCAUCCUCUCUAAAGGCUGGUCUGACCGUUUGGGCAACCGGGACGCUACUGUCGCCGAAGUGCCUCUUCCUGCAGAGAUACACCAGAUCACGUCCGCGCCACAUGAUUGGCUGUUCAAGCAGAUCGACGCAGCUGUUCACCACGGUGGUGCUGGUACAACGGGCGCUAGUCUGCGCGCCGGACUACCCACGAUUAUCAAGCCCUUCUUUGGCGACCAAUUCUUCUUUGGAUCCAGGAUAGAGGAUCUUGGUGUGGGCACAUGCAUGAAGAAGGUCAAUGUCAGUGUGUUCUCGAGAGCAUUGUGGGAAGCGACUCACAGCCAGCGCAUGAUCAGCAAGGCGCAAACCUUGGGGGAGCAGAUUCGCAAGGAAGACGGCGUAGGGACGGCAAUCAAAGCCAUUUAUCGUGACCUGGAAUAUGCAAAAACCCUGAUCAAGCAUCGCACCGAUUCGGCUAAUGAUGAUACGGCCGACGGUGCCAAUGAGGAAUGGACAUUCAUUGGUGACGAGAGUGAUCCGGAGUUGGCAAGACGGAUUGCAGAGUGGGAGCCUAGAAAGAGCCUUCAGGUCGGAGAGGGAAUGGGAAGGCAAAGUCUAGAUUUGGGGGCCUGA